AUGAUAAAAAAAGUUCAAAAGGUUCUUAAUGGUUUAAAAGAAAAUACAAAUAUGUCUUUUGUUUAUCAAGACGAAAUUUUAUAUAAAUUAGCAUCUAUUCCAUAUGGAAAGACUAAACGUAAAUUAUUUUAUAUUUCAUCAACUAUGAUCAAAUAUUUACUUAUUUCUUAUCAUAAUAAUUCUCUUAUUGGUGGAUAUUUUGCAAUUCGACGAACAUCAGAAAAACUGAAACAACAGUUUUGGUGGCCCGAUAGACCACUAUUACUUCCAGAUAACUAA